AUUUGGGGUUUUCCCGUUUUUCUUCCAGGUUACAUCCAGAAAAUCAAAUCGGGAGAGGAGGAUUUUGAGUCUUUGGCUUCGCAGUUCAGCGACUGCAGCUCGGCCAAGGCUGGAGGAGACCUGGGAGCGUUCGGGAGAGGGCAGAUGCAGAAGCCGUUCGAGGACGCCUCGUUCGCGCUGCGGGCCGGCGAGAUGAGCGGCCCCGUGUUCACGGAAUCCGGGAUCCACAUCAUCCUCCGCACGGAGUGAAGUGCCUUGGCAGGGCCGGAAUUCCCGGGAAUCCUCGGGAACCCGCGGAGGUCUCCGGGAAUCCGCGGGAAUUCACGGGAAUCCGUCGGAAUCGAUGGGAAUCUGUUGACUCCACGGGAAUCCAUGGAAAUCCUCAGGAAUCCGCGGGAAUCCACAGAAAAUCCAUGGGAAUCCAUGGAAAUCCUGAGGAAAUCCACAGAAAUCCAUGGAA